AGGAUGAGGUGAAGGCAGAGGAGGAGGAAGAGGAGGCGGAUGUGGCUGCUGAGGUGGAGCAUGAAGAGCACGAAGACGAGGAAGAGGAAAUGGAACCUGAAGCACUUGCACCUGCACCUGUGACUGAUGAAGAUGAUGAUGAAGAGGAGGGGGAAGAGAAGGCAGAUGCUGUUGAUGAAGAUGAAGAUGAAGAUGAUGAUGAUGAUGUAGAAGAGUCUGCUGAGGAACCUGCUGCUGUUGAGGAGGAUGAUGAUGAUGAUGAUGAUGAUGAUGAUGAUGAUGAUGAAGAAGUUUCUCCUGAACCUAGUUCCACCUCUGAGGAUGAAGAGUUAGCUGUGUCUCCUGAUUCGGAGUCUGACGUACCUGUUGACAUCGAAGACAGUGACGAAGACAUAACUCUCCCUGAAAAAGAAGAAGAAGAUGAUGAAGACGAACAGGACGAAGAUGACGAUGAUGAUACCAGUGACGAUGCAUUCACUGACACCUCGGAUGUCACGGAAUCUGCACUUCUUUCCAGCGAGGAGGAGGAAGAGAGCGUGGAUGAUGACGACGAAGAUGACAGAUUAACCGAGGGUGUCGUAUCAUCUGAUAGUGAUGGCAUCAUUGCAGAAGACACCGAAGAUGACAGAUUAACCGAGGGUGUCGUAUCAUCUGAUAGCGAUGGCAUCAUUGCAGAAGACACUGAGGAUGACAGAUUAACUGAGGGUGUCGUAUCAUCUGAUAGCGAUGGCAUCAUUGCAGAAGACACCGAAGACGACCUGGAUCUUCCUCCUGUCGCCAUUGAUGAUGAGGAUGAUGAUGAUGAUGUUGAUGUUCACAAACUCGCAGAUGAGGAAGAGCUCCCUCCACUGCCUGCAGUUGAUGACGAUGACGAUGACGACAAACACCUGGAAGACGACGUCAAACUGAGUGAAGACUCUAAGGAUGAUGAUGAUGAAGAUGAUGAUGAUCUGGACCAAUCAGACGAGGACAUAUCCGUCGCCUCAUCUGACCACUUUGCGGACGAUGAAGAUGAUGAGGAAGACAGCGACCUCAAAGACGACGAGCUCCACUUUGAGAGUGACUUCGACGAUUUUGAGCAUGAGGAUUGGGAGGACGUCCAUGACGAAGAUGAAGAUGAUGAUGAUAAGGAGGAAGAAGUGGACGUUUCUCCCUUUGAGAGCACAGACAGCGGAGUCUUAGGUGAUGAUGACCAUGACGUUGCUUCUAAAACAGAUGAAGAGUCUGAAGGAGAGACUGUCUUCAGUGAUGAUGACAUCUCCUAUGACACAACUGAUGAUGAUGAUGAUGAUAAAGAUGAUGACUUUGAAACCAGCUCAUUUGAGUUCACAUUUGAUCAAGAAGAUGACACAGUUGAUAAAGAUGAAAUCACAUCAGAGUCCUUAGCUUCCCUAGAGGAUGACGAGGAUGAAAAAGAUGAUGAUGAAGAUAAGGAAGAUGAUUAUGAUGAAGGCGUCUUGCUAACAGCCCCCUCUGUAGCAGCAUUACUUGUCCAGAAGGAGGCGACAAAGACUGUAGCAGACACAGACGAGGACGAAGAGGAGAUCAGACAGGCUGAUGAUGAUGAUGAGAGCCAGACUAAAGAGGCUGAAACAGAAGAAACUGUUACCAGUCCGACUGCUGCUCCUGUGGAGGAAGAUGAGGAUGAGGAUGAGGAUGAGGAUGAGGGUGAGGGUGAGGAUGAGGAUGAGGAUGAGGAUGAGGUUGAGGAGCCGACGGCUGAACCCCAGAAAUCUAUAGACGAGCCUGAAGAUAAAAAAGAGGAGGAGUACGAUGAAGACGACGACGAGGACAAGGCGACGGUGGAUGUGAUCAAACCUGUGCCUGAGCCUGAGGAGGAAGCACAUAAGACUGAAGCCACAGUGUGUCCCUGCUCGCAGCCUGCAAAGAUCAGAGAGUCUGUGGUGAAGACUGCAGAGAAAAAAGAGCAUGAAGCUGUGAAGACAGAGGAAAAGCCAAAAAGGACAGUUCUUCCCAGGGUUGCAGGUCUGGAGCCAAAAAUGAAGAGGAUCAGGAGAAUUCCUGCUCUUCUCAGAGUCAAGAAACAGGAAAAGACAAAGACUUCCAAACCAGAGACAGAGGCCCCAAAACCAGCAGAGGUCCCAGAAUCUGAACAAGAAGUUGGUCCUUGCAGACCUGCACCAGUCUACUGCCCGUCCCCACCCGGCUGGUACGUUCAUCACAUAGUCACAGACAACCCGUACCCUCCUCCGACGAUGACAGCUCCUUCUGCUCCUGUUUUGACCGCCCACCCUGUUCAUCCUGGCGCCCCACCAAUGCAGCCUCAGCCAAUGCAGCCGCUCUACGCACAAUAUCAGUCGUAUCACCAGCCAAUGCAGCCAAUGAUGCAGCCCCCCCCACCAGAACCAGUCCAGCCGGUCCCCCCAGUCCAACCAGUUGAACCGGCACAGCCAGUUGAACCAAUCCCACCAGUCAAGCCAAAAGCCACAGAACAGGAGCCUCCAGUUCAUCCUGAGGUCCAGACUCCAGUUCCGGAACCAGAGACCGUUAAAGAAGACGUGAAGGCUGAAUCCACAAAGAAAACUGCAAAGAAGAAAGCCAAGACUGCUGAUGCAGAUAAAGAGCCAGCAGCGGCCAAAGACAAAACAAAGAAAGAUGCUGCUGUUUCCAAAGACAAAACCAAAGCAGCUGCUGCAGAGAAGGAACCAGCAGCAAAAAAAGAGAAAACCAAAAGUCCUGCAGUGGCUAAGAAAGAGCCAACUGUGAAAGAGAAAACCAAAACUGCAGCUGCUACUAAGAAAGAGCCUGCAGCUGCACGACAGAAAAGAAAAUCAGCCUCAGAGAAGACAGCGUCUCCUGUCAAGAGUAAAGCCAAGGCCUCGACAGCCAAGAAAGAUGCAGAACCUGUACCACACCUCAGACUGAGGACAAGACUAGAAUCUGAAAAGAGGUCGAAUGCAACCUCUCCGGCCAAAGAGUUGAAACCAGGCAAAGCUCAGAAGACUGAGAAGAAAUCAGUCAAGGAGGCUCGAGAUAAAGAUGAGAAACAUCCAGCACGUGCUAAAGAGCGCCAGACUGAAGACAACGCUACAGACAAGAAGAAAACAGGACAGAGAUACUUCCAGUGCAUUUAUGUCCCCGGCAAAAAUGCGCACUACCCCUUACGACCUUUCACCCCGGCCAUGUCCCCUGCCAUGAUGUCUCCUGCACUCAAGUCGAUGUUGGAGCAGCAGAGAGCAGCCAGGAUGUCGGGUCAAUAGGAUGACCUGACCUCUCACCUCAUAUCUGAUGGCAGUUGAAUCCUCCAGCCCAGCAGGGGGGAGAUGUUUGAAUCUGUGGACUUCCUUAGAUUCAGAGGACAAGCACAGACUGACAGAUAAACGUGAGAGCAACAAGUGGACAGAAAUAUGUUGUCUUUAAUUUAUCUAUGUAUUUAUUUUCUCACUAAGUGGUUGAGCUCCUGGGGUUGUUGUUGAUAUUUUCCCAUUUUCCCCUCAGCUGAUGCUUCGCUGUGAUGUUUUGCUUCCACUAGUUAGUCUUCACCGGUCGUGCCUUGCUUGUGCUGUAGAUAACAUCUUUAUUAUCCAAAACACCAACACAUUUAUGAGAAUAUUCUUAACUCAAUAUACUGUACAUAAUGCAUAUGUUUGUAAUUUAGGCUGAUGUAAAAGUACACACCUUAUAACGUGUAAUUUUUCUGUUUACUUUCAGUCUAGUCAAUGAUUUCUAAAAUACAACCUUCAUAUAAAAUGUAGCUUAGUUUAAGGCAGUUGUACUGGCAAAAGAAAUUCAAAUUCUUCGGUUUAAAAAGUCACUUUUUCUCUUUUAUUACGCUUUGAAUCAUAUUUUGAAAAGGAAAAAAAAGACAAUUUAACAGUAAGUACAAACUGGGACAUUUUGCAACAAAUGUCUAGUGAAAAUAAAUGACACUAAAUAUUACUUGAAUGGGCAUGUUGCAUAUUUCAGCCCUUUUUUUCAUAAAAAGAAGAACAUCAAUACUCUAAAUCUUAACUUGUCAAUAAGUUGACAAUUUGUUACUUUUAUCCUCUUUUCCACUAAAAUUACUGGUUUAAAAUACCGUUAUCAUCUGUAUCAUAGCCGUACCAGUUGUGUUUUGUUGUUUAGCUGCAUCUGCUGCAGAUUAGCAUGCAAAUAAAUGUCAGGGGGAUCAAACCUCAGGAGCUCCCACAGGUGAUCCCAGCAGCCUCCCUGUCUCUGAUCAUGAGUAUGAACAUCAGUCUCACCAACAUAUGGAUGGAUGUUGAUGAGACUCUUUUUCCUACUGUAGACCGACGAGCUGCAGCUCUUCAGCUGCCUCUGCAUAAAACUGCAAAACCUCAUUACUGUAUGUACCUCACCUUCACAUGCUUCAUUUACAUUAAAAGGCACUGCUGUUUUCUUAGUUUAAAGACAUAUUUUGACAUGUUGGAUUUAAUUGUUGGGAAUUUUUUUAUUCCCAAACACUGACCCCUUUUGUUUUAUGUUAUAUUUCAAAGAAGUUGCUGAUUCAUAACAAGGUUGCCAACUUGUAACAGAAAAAAACAAAGGUUUUAAGUUAAAAUUCACAGUAUAUGGUCCACUCAUCCAAUGCCAAUAUCCAUUCAAUACUUGAACACUGUUGUCAUAGGGUUAGGGUUAGGGGGUUAGGGUUAGGGUUAGGGUUAUUUCAUUUCUAUUUCCCAAACAACUUUAUUUCCCACUGCUACAGCCUUUUAAAUCUUUGCCAUGCAACCUCAGUUAACCUCAGUUAACCAGUUCAAAUGAAACAAGCAUCAGACAGGACAGAAAAUGAUAAAAUGGACCGAUAGUGUAUCAUCAGUGAUGUAAUACAUAAUAAAAAUAUGUUGCCCCAUUAGAUGUAAUGUUGUGAAAUUGUCUUUAAACUUCAAAAGUCCUGGAUGCCAAAGAUAUCAACAAGUCAGCUUUGUUCUAUAGUAAAAUAUCAGCUGUUUUAACUCGUUCAGAAACAGGGAGUCUGUACAGGACAAAUAUAAAUGUGACCAACUCAUGAGACGCUGUGAUGUCUUCUAUCUUGAAUGAAUGUCAUGUGUGUCAUGUUAAUCCAGCGAUGGAUCAUGUAGUUUAUUAUUUAUUAAGACAAAUACAUGGUCAAAGUUUCAGUUACCUCGCUCGUUCAUAGCUCUGGUUUUGUGCCUGAAGCAACAAGGCUCAAGCUUACUGUUGCUACAAAACUGUUGCUGAGCAUUACCAGCAAUUUGCUAUUGUUGUCUUACUAAAUGGAAACCUGAUGUCAAAAGAACCAAAAUGGGUUUUCACAGUAGGUUUAAUCCCGAUAUGAGACCCGUGUUAGCCGACAGUUUAUUCAUAGUUACAGUUUCUGAGCAUGUGAUCAUGCACAAAACUUUGUUUUCGUAAAUAUACAGUAGGCAGUUUCACCUAAGUUACCUGGUAACGUAGCGCAAGUCACUACUGUUGUUGCUAUGGUUUCCUAAGGUUUAAGAUUUCUUGCACACUGAUUUAGAACAGUAAGUGUUGACUGAUGUUUUAGGUGUUUUAAUAUAUGAUUUAAAGUGACACAUGCUAGCCAAUGAGAAGUGAGUAUUUGUCAUGGCCAUGGUCAGAAUGUGAGGCUUCUCUCAUUAGUGCAGCUUUAUUAAGUCUCACUUCAGUGCUGGACUAUCCUCGACUUUUCAGAAUUAUCCCCAAAAAGUCUGAAGGUGUGUACAGACUGAAUGUGAAGCAAAUUUAAGAAGUGGCGCAAUUUCAUACAGUUGAAACAAACAAGUAAAUACUUACAAAUGCAGAUUCACUCUUAAGUCGUGUGAAGCAAGAAAUGUUUAAGUGUUUUUACUUGUUUGAAGCUGUUUGAAUUUGUUUCAGUAACAUAAAAGACAAGAGGAAAGAUUAAAGAUCUGUAACAAUUUAACAGAAGAACUGGAGUUCUUGAUAGAUUCUGAGAUCAGUUUGGGGUUUGAGCUGUCACACAUACACAUUUAUUACAUGUGUUGCUACAGUAACUAGCUAACAGUCCAGGAAGUCAGUUACUGCGACCUUGAAUCAGACGCCAAAUUGUUGCACAAUGGUUUAUAAAACUAAGAGACAGGAUUUUACAACUUUUGGAAAGUUAUCACAGUAGCAACUCUUUUGUUGCAAUGAUCGUGAGGUAAACAGUAGAAAUACUCUGCUGUUCAUAUUACACCGGUAAUCUACCAGGAACAUGUGCUUGGAUGUAUGUAAGUUGUCUCACUGGACGACAUUGCAUUGCAGCAAAAACUGCGACAGGUUCACCUUUUUUCCCGGACAACGAUGCUAUUUUCGGUCUGCCUCAUGUCACAUGUUAAAGCGAGAUUAAAAUUUGCUUUUGCCUUCAGUCUGAAUGCAUCUUUAACAUCAAAAGUAUGAUUCAUUGUCAGACCAAAGCAACGGUUUGUUGUCCAAUCAAAUCUCAGCAUGUUAUGUGCUGUCAUUGCCCUGAAGGUUUAACCCCGGGCGCUGAUUUACAAGUGUGAAUCUUCAGCUUGAGGUUUGGUGUGUCAAGUACGAGUGUGAAAUGAGGUUAAGAUAGCCUUGAGCUUCCUGUCAGCCCGCAGGGUUUAGGUCAGCAGGCCUGAGAAAUGAAAGUGUGAGGAGCCUUCAUGUUUCAUGGCCAAAUGAGAUCUGACAACCAUUCAGUCGCCCACAGAGUGUGUGGAUGUUAAAGUGGUGUUUAAAAAAAAAAAAACACUGAAGAAACGUAGUGUUUAUUUUAGACAUGAAUACUUUAGUGCAUAAGUGAAUUUUCAUUUUUGAAUAAAAUCUCUUUCAGCAGGAAAAUGAAGCAGUCGUAGCUCUGCUCUGUCUGGAAGUCCUGAAACUCCAGCUGUUCUGCAGCUGUGUGAUAUUAACCAACAGUAAUUACACCACUCAGCUGCAGCUACGUGGUGUAAUUAUGUUUUUAAGUACUAUAUACACAGUAAUUUAAUAAACAAAUCAAUCAAUCCACAGGAUAAUCUAGUCUAAUCUAAUCUCAGUACUUCACAGACUUCAUUGAUAUUCAUGUGAGUCUAACGAUGGAAUACUGCGUUUAUCCUUGACGACGUAUCUGAUUACAUGUUUUAAAUACACAUGAUGCUAUUAAGAACAAGUCUUUGUUGGUGACACGCUGCAGCUGUUCUUACAGCGUCCAGUGUGUUCACUCGAAGCAAAGUUCAAUUUUUAUUACUGUUUUAUUUCAGUGUCUUUCUUGUCUUUGAUUCUUUUUUUGGUCAGUAGUUCAAGUUUGUUGAUUUGCAUCUUCUGAGCAGAUACAGUUUUUGACCUGGUUUCAUGUAUUUGUUAGUUGUCAGUGACUUGAAGCUUUUUGAUUAUUUGUUAGGUUUCAUUCAUGAUUAUAAUUCAGUUAAAUGCUUUCAAAAUCAAUACUUUCAGCUCUGACAACUCUAAAAAUUCCAUCUUAAUUUACAACAUAAAUGACUUAUUGGUACCAAGAGCUCACCUGCUUUCUACUAAUUUCUACUGACCAACUAAAUUUCUUGCCAUUAAAGGUUCCCUGUGGAGUUUAUGACCACUAAUGGCGGGUAGAAUAAUUUCAGGAGCAGGUGCUGUGUUUGAAUCACAUGUUCUACCAGCAUAAUGACAAAAAAUGCAAAUGCACGUCAUGAGUAAGGGGACGCUGGUAUUUAUAUUCUUAUGACUGCAGAGAGCGAUAACUGGCGAGUUUCCAAAAUAACAAUAACACAUUUUGGUUAGAGUUUAGCAUUAGAGCUAAUGUUUUUAGAGCGUUCUCACUCAGCUGCCAACUAUUGCAGUCCUGCAUGUCACAUUGCCUUGUGUGUUGUUUGAACAGCUGUGCUGUUUUAUGCAGUUUCACUUAUCAACAUGUAAUGAUGGUCACAUGACGUAAAAAGUAGCAUAACUGCGAUAAAAGAGAAGAAGACUGCAAGCUGUUGUAAACAAUUUAAAGCAACAUUAUGCAACUAUUUUACCUUAAAAUAACAGCUUCAAAAUCAUUUUGAUGGUAAACUGACUUGUAAUAGAGGGACUGGCGCCUCUUUCAUUCCCACUCCGCGCCCCUGACGCCUGUUCUUGUAAUGUGUAAUUUGGGUUGAGCGGUUACGAUCACCCUUUAGAAUAGUAGUAGUUACCUGGAUGUAACUCCAGUUCUAUGAGUACGUGCAGAUGACUCUUCAACUAAUAAGCAACAGCUGAUGAGCCUGAUGAACCCUUCAGUGAAUUACAAUCACUUGUUAUCUCGCCAAUAUGUAACUAUAUCGUUAUCAACAGAACUAAAAUACAUACUAGCAGCCACCAGACUUUAUUUUCUGCAGUGUGUGAAGAUGCUGAAGAGUAUAACGCUAGCCGUUAGCAACUACAUUUUAGCACACAGCUGCUGUGGGUCUAUAUGUUGACGAUCACAGAAAUAAGAUCAACCAGAAGCACAGUGAGGGAUGUCACAACAGUAACCCCCCCUGUCAAGACAGCGGUCUAACACUGACCGCUCCUUCAGACUUUAACACUUAUGCUGUGUCUAGACCUCAGCCUGAGCAGCACGUUUAGCAGUGUCUCUGCUAGACACACAGACGGAGCACUCACUGUUGCUGCUGCUCUGCUAAACGUGCUGCUCGUGUUACGCUUACGGUCUAGACAUGCCAUAAGUGUUCCCUCAUGUUACAACAGUGCUGUAUCCUCACUGCUCAGGUAUCAACAGAGUUAAAUGCACCAGCGUCCUGUAAUCACCACUUGUGGCAGCAGAGGCCGCUGUUGCUGCUGUUCAGCAGAAGUGACAUAGUCCUGCUUUAAAACGAUUUUUCAUAAAGUAAGAAACACAUUCAGUAUGUUCUCCGUUCAUUUUGUGAACAAAAUCUUGCUUGUUUACAUCAAAAGUGCCUUUAACAUACCAAUGAUAUAACUAGCUGGCCCAAAUGUCCUAAAUUUAAUGCACUUACAAUAGUUUGUUUUUGUUUUUUGAGCAUGCGGGUCAGCUUACAACAGCUGUGCUAACUAUAAGACAUUAAAAAUGAUGAAAACAACCUACUAAAAAAUUAAUCUACUGAUGAAUAAAUAUAAUUUGAGCGUUAUGGUUUGCAGAUGAACUAAACUCACUGUUUGCCUUAAUCACUCUAUAUAGUAUAUCAACCCAUAUGCUGUAAAUAGAGGCCUGAGAGGAUGACAUCACAGCUGCACAUGGUGCUUUUAUCAUUUAUGGUUCCUGUUGAGACAUAUUUAUGAUAAUAAUUUGAGACCUUCUCUAAUUUCCUUUGAGGAGAAUAUUGGGGCUUUUCAACAGAUUUAAGCUGUGUGUUUGUGUGUGUGUGCGUGAAAAUUAAUAAAAAAAAAAAAAAAAAAAAAGCCUUGAAAAGGAAUCUGUAAAGGAUUCAUUGUUACCGAAAGUCAUUUCAACACCUCCAUUUACUUCAUAUUUACUGAUGUUUACUUACUCAACAGAGCCGUAGAUAUCCUGGGUUUGUCUUUUGUGAAUGAACUCUAUUAAUAUGGAAAUGUUUCAAGAAUUUAAGCCAGCGGGGAACAUGAUGAUGAUUGUGUUGUAACUGCAGGAAUAAGAGCGGAUUAAUUGCAGAAGGUGUGAAUUGUGUUUAUGUUGUUUUUGAAGCAAUUUGGUGAUGUCUUAUGUAUUAUGCAUGCUGUUGUUAUUCAAACAAAGCCACAUUUUCGAGUUGUAAUUUGCAGUUAUAAUUCAGUUGCACUCAACACCAACUCUUCAGUGUAAAAUAAACACCAUCCAGCAGUAGGUCCUGUGCUGUAUAAAGAAUGUAGAUAACACGGAUUGUUUUAUUUGUUGCACUCUGGAGACUCAUUAAUAAAUCUUUAGGUCUCACACUGACAGAGAGAAGAAAAAUACACAAGUUUGGUUGGAAAAAUUCACUUUGUUCUAAUUAGAGAAGAUGUUUUUCUUUGCAGAUCAGUGUCAUUAGACUGUAACAUAAAACUUGGGCAAUAAUUUUAACUUUGUUUCAUAAAGAGACGGUAUAAACAACCUGUUGCAUGUAUUACAAGGCAGAAUGCAAUCACCCAAUCACAGUACUGAAUAUUUUAGGAGCAAAUUAAAUGACAUCUCAGGCUGUACUGAGAAUGCCCGCUGUGUCAUAUGUAGAAUACUAACCCAAAAUGCAGUUUUUGAGUCAUAAUUUGAAUAAAAUCAUGCAGAAAAUUG